CUCCUUUUAAUUUUCUUUGUUUUUAUUGCACUGUUUUUUGUUCUAUUAUGUGAAAAGAAAAAAAUUCAAAGAUAUUAUGUACCUAAAAAAUUAAAAAAGUGCAUCGUUUGAAGUUCCACAUAAUUAGUGUAAAAAAAAAUUUUGAAUAAAAAUAAGAAUUAUCCAUAGUGGCAAUAUAUGUACACACAUGUAAAGUUAUCGAAUUUUCGAAUUGUACAAGGUGUGGUUUCAAAAAUACGUGUAUAUCUAAUCAGAGCUAAAGUUUUGAUGAACAUUUAACGAGGAAAUCACGUAGAUACAUACAUACAUAUACAUUUAUAUAAGUGUCUGUACGCAAGAGCAAUAGGUACGUGAAAAACCGAAACACAACAAAAGUAGAAGAUUUUAUUGUUUGAAAAUUUAUGAAUUUUACAAGUGUUUUUCUUUUAAUAUUUUUGGAACUUAUAAUCUGAACAAUUGCAAUCUUUUAUUUAUCAAAAAAUGAAAGUGAAACAGGAAAUUUCUUCAGAUGAGUGCAGUGAAACGAGUGAAAAUUCUUCUGAUAAUUUACCUCAACAAAAUUUUGCUUUUGUUUCUUUGGAUGGCAACCAAGGUGGAGUUCCUACGCGAACUACAUCAACAUUAACUCCCACCACUUUAAGAAAUAUCGAACAAAGUUUAUUUGAAUUAACAAGUGAUACUGGUACACAAGCUCCGUAUCAAGCUGGAUUUGUUCCACCGCCAGCGCCAUUUAAUGCACUAAUUGAUAACACAAGUAAUGACAAUAAUAGUUUUAUUGAUGGUUCAUCAGAAUCUGGUUCCCAAAGCAGUUGGCACACGCCAAUAACUCACGAAGAAAAUUCUAUAGCGACUGAUAAUUCAAGCCUUCCAACAUCCUUACAUGGCAGCCCAGGUUUGUCCGGUAUAAACAACGGUAGUGGUGCUGGUCACCAACAAACUUCACCACAAAAUCGUCGCAACACUGGUGGACGCCGCCCUACUAAACCAAGUAAUCUUACACCAGAGGAGGAAGAAAAACGUAGAAUUCGUCGUGAGCGUAACAAAGCUGCAGCGGCUCGUUGCCGUAAACGCCGUGUAGAUCAAACCAAUGAUUUAUUAGAAAAAGUUGAAAAAUUAGAAAAAGAAAAAGAAGAAUUGCAGAAGGAAAUAGAAUCGUGUACUAUGCAGCAAGAUGAACUAAAAUUUAUUUUACAAGCACAUCGUGCUCAUUGCAAGAAACAUCAUAGUGAUACAAGUAGUUUAAUAAGCGGUUUAGCAACCUUACGCUCAUCGCCAAUUGAUAUAAAACCUAUUAUAAUAGAUGAAUAUAAUUCAAAAAUAAUUAAGGAUGAACCAAUAGAUUCAUUUGAUUCAUUGGAUGGUCCACCAUCACCAAAACGUAUCUUAUUAGCAAAUCCAUUAAUACCGCAAUCAUUACCAAAUGUUUCUACUAUUACAAAUGUUGUUACACCCACUAUGCUCAAUACGCCAAUAUUAACAAAAUCGCCACCACCUCAAAAUUCAACAACUGUAGUUCAACAAAAUGCUUUAGGUGCAAUAGUAACAGCUUCAAAUUCUGAUGUUAACAGCGGUGUAACUAUAAAAUCAAUGUCAAAUAGUAAUAUAAUAAUGACAACACAACCAUCGAUAGCAACACCAAAUACAAGUUCAGCAACUAUGGUUACGACAAAACCUCGUCCAAAUUCAUUAAAUGUGCCAUUAACUAUUCCUCCGUCUCAAGCUCAUCUAAACAAAAUCGUUUCAGAUUGUGGUGUAACAAUUACAACUCCAUCAAAUGGUGUAUUUAAUUUUGAAAGUUUAAUGGAUGGUCGUACAGGGUUAACGCCAGUUUCCGGACCAUUAAUGCCCAAUGCUAAUAGUAGACAUCCAUUGGAAUUAACAAUGACAACACCAACUAGUGAACCAUCUAAAUUGGUUAGCUUAUAAUUACUACUAUUUUCUUCCCGUUUUUUGUGUAUGUACAUACAUUGUACAUAACCAAUAAUUUAUAAAAAUUAACGUGGCUUGAAACAGAAACAGAAAAAAAAUAAUUACAUAUUUCUUAUAAAAAAAUUAAAAAUAAUUUUUUUCUUGUUUUACGAAUAGUUAUAAAUUUAUUUUAACAAUUAUCUGCAUAUACAUACGAGGAAUAUUAAAAAAUAUUUUUUUAUAAUUGGAAAAAAAUGAGUUGUGGCUACAAAAGAACUUUAGGUAAAAAAUAUGAAAGUCUAAUCGGUGGAAUAGAAUUAAUUUUAAAAGAAUUGAAAUUUUUUGAAUAUAGCAUUGAAAUCCGCUUUUUAAAAAUACAAAAAUUAAAAAUUUUAAAAUUAUUUAUUAUUUUUCGAUGAAUUUUUGUUAUGAAAUUUAGUUUUGGUUGUUAUUGAUAAAUUUUUUUUAAAAAAAUUACAUUGUUUUGCUUACAGUUUUCUAAAAAAUUAGAAUAUUAAUUAACUAACUAGAUUGUUUCUUUUUAAAUAAAUAUUUCGUUUAAUAUUUUCUUCUUUUUUGCGGCUUCUUUCUUACUUGAUACGAAUUAGAAAAAUCCAGUAGGCUUUCAAAGUAAACUAAAGUCAACACCGUAGGCAUUCAUAAUUGACACUAUUGUUAAUCGUGGUUUACUAAGUAUUAAUUUAAAGUAAAUAGUUUUUUUUAAUUAAGAAUAAUGCAGAUUAUAAAAUUUUAUCUGUACAUUUGUAUAUCAUACUAUUCAUACAGAAAAGUUUAUGUUGCAUUUCAACGACUUGUUUGUGAGAAGAACUUUUUGCCAUAAUGUUUAUUAAAUGACAAUUUAAAUUGAUUUUUUGUCAUAUUUUUCUAAAAUUUUUAAACAAAUGCAAAUUUUAAUCCCAUGUUAAAACUAUUAUUAGUUGAUAAUUUCUCUUAUUUUAUUUUUUAUACAUACAUACAUAUAUACUUUUUUAUUGUGCAAAUGUUGGUAAAACAACAUAAGCUUCUAAUAUUAAUUUUACUUAACAAUAGUGAAAAAAAUUUAGGUUUUACUCAAUUUAUACGAAGGAUUCAAAAUUCAAAUCUAAUAUUCUUAUAACCUAAAACCAAUGAACCUUAAAAUAAAUCAUUUAAAUUGUUUUUUUUUUUUUGAAAUUUUAGAAAUUAUUUUUAACCUUAUGAAAUAAUACAAUAUUUUUGUAACUGAGUUAAUUUUUUUCAUUUUAGAAAUUUUGGAACAUAUGUAUAUAUGUAUAUGUAUCUUGUUUCGAUAGCAAAAUUUAAUGUACCUACAUUAUUCAAUUUUGAUUAUUAUUAAAAAAUUUAAUUAAAAUCUUAAAUUGUAUAUAAACUAACUGUUAUUUUAUUGAUUUUUUCUUCUAACUUUAAAAGAAUACAUAUUUAAGUUACAUACAUACCUACGCAUCCGUGUAUAUUAUUAUACGUUUUUUGCGUUUUUAAUUUAGUUCACAAAAUGUGCAUACAUAUUUAAAUUUUAAAAAAUAAUUAUGUGUAGAUACAUGUAUACAUAUAUUUUUUGAAAAUUAUAGAUACAUACCUACAUGCAUAUGUACUUUAUGCAGUAUCAAGUGUUAUAAAAUUAAAAAUUAUACUAUGUAUUAUAUUUGCAACUUGUUAUUAAAUAUGUAAAAUAAGAAUAAAAAGAUAAAAAAA